ACUACCUUUGCAGCCGACUCACUAUAUUUUUCUAUUUUUGAAUGGAAUCUCGACCCAAACCCGCCGCGUUCACACCUGCAUCCCAGAUAUUUUAAUCUAAUUACCCGUUUUACCCCUUCCCGCGCCCCCAAACAAUCGCCAACUCAGAGGGGUUUGCUGUCUUUUCAAUAAGAACCAUAAAUGAGACCCAAAAAAAGUCCGCCUCAUGACUUCCCGCUUUCAAAUCCCACAAAUCUCAUUCUAAAUUCUCCACCUACCAUUAAACGGUCCAAUACACCACCUAAUCCCCUACGGCGCCCCAAUCUCGGCCGUCCAUCCCCGAUCGGACGCCUCGGAAGCUAUCUUCUGGAAUCUUCUCUCUGUACUCUGUAUAAAUAUUAGCUUCAUUAUCUCAAAGUAGCAAGGACUUCGUGCUCACCACACGCGCAUUUUCUGAGACUUUUGGAUUACCAUCUCUCUUUUGCUUUCCUGUGUGCUUCGUUUCGAGAUCUGAUUUACAGAAAUCGGCGAAAAUGGUGAAGAACUACCCGACUGUGAGUGAGGAGUACCUCAAGGCUGUUGAGAAGGCCAGGCAGAAGCUCAGAGGUCUCAUCGCUGAGAAGAACUGUGCUCCUCUUAUGCUCCGUCUUGCAUGGCACUCAGCUGGUACCUAUGACAAGCUUAGCAAGACUGGAGGCCCUUUCGGCACCAUGAGGCUUGAGGCUGAGCUAGCACAUGGUGCCAACAACGGUCUUGACAUUGCUGUGAGGCUCCUGCAGCCAAUCAAGGAUCAAUUCCCCAUCCUUUCUUAUGCUGACUUCUAUCAGUUGGCUGGAGUUGUAGCAGUUGAAGUGACUGGAGGACCUGAAAUUCCAUUCCACCCAGGCAGGAAGGAUGAGCUGGAGGCACCAGUUGAAGGCCGCCUGCCAGAUGCUACUCAGGGAUCUGACCACCUCAGGGAUGUUUUCAUCAAACAAAUGGGUCUAACCGACAAGGACAUUGUUGCAUUGUCUGGUGGCCACACUCUGGGAAGGGCCCAUAAGGAACGGUCUGGAUUUGAGGGACCCUGGACUGAAAACCCUCUCAUCUUUGACAACUCGUACUUCAAGGAGCUUCUGGAAGGAGACAAAGAUGGACUCUUGAAGUUGCCGUCUGAUAAGGCUCUUCUUUCUGACCCUUGCUUCCGCCCACUCGUUGAGAAAUAUGCUGCGGAUGAGGAUGCUUUCUUUGCUGAUUAUGCCGAGUCUCACCUGAAGCUCUCUGAGUUGGGNGCAUAAGGAGCUUAACAUUGGGGUGAAGCAUGAAAUGAAGAGUGAUGGCUGAUUUUUUGUGAAAUUUAUGUACUUUUGCUAUUUUUAGAUGGAAUGUAUUGUGGCAUUGUUUGAUCUUUUCAAUUGCGACUUUUCAUGGGUCUGGAAAUUUGAUGCCUAUUGCUACCGUUAUUGAUAUUUGGUCAUCACCUUCAAAUAAUAUUAGUCGACUAUUUUUGUGCUAUUAACUUUGCAAUGUUGUGUGUGGUCAUCAUCAUCUUAAAAUGAGGUUUGUCUGUGUUGUUGUACCUUUGCCAAAAUUGUUUAGAAACUGAAUCGACAGUUUUUGAAUGUUGAUUGAAGUACAUAACGUAAGUGAUCUUACAGAUUGCUUGUUGAAAUAAAGUUAUCAUU